CGCGGCGGGGCGCUGCCCCGGGACAACAUGGCCUCCGCGAUCCAGCGGGUGGCGCGGCAGGCGCGCAUCACCUUCCGCAGCCCGGCGGGCCCGGCGUUCGCGGAGAACCUGCACCGGCUGCAGCAGCUGCUGGACGAGGUGCGCGCCGAGGACCUGCGCCUGGCGCCGCGGGGGCCGGCGGCGGCCGCGCCCGUCAGCUACAUGCACAUCUGCGAGACCGAGAGCUUCAGCAUGGGCGUGUUCCUGCUGCGCGGCGGCGCCUGCAUCCCGCUGCACGACCACCCGGGCAUGAACGGGAUGCUGAAGGUGCUGUACGGGACGCUGCGCAUCGCCUGCAUGGACGCGCUGCCGCCCGCCGCGGGGCCGCGCCGCCGCGCGCUGUUCCGCUCGCGGCAGCUGUACACGCCCGCCUCGCCGCCCUGCCUGCUCGCCCCCAACACCGACAACCUGCACCAGAUCGACGCCGUGGACGGGCCCGCCGCCUUCCUCGACAUCCUGGCGCCGCCCUACGACCCCCAGCGCGGCCGGGACUGCCACUACUACCGCCUGCUGGAGGCGCCGGGCGCCGAGCCGCCCGCGCUGCCCGCCGAGGUGUGGCUGGCCGAGACCCCGCAGGCCGCCGACUUCUGGUGCGGGGGAGAGCCCUACCCCGGGCCCCGCGUCUGCCUCUGAGGGACGCGGGACAGGACGCGGCCCCGGGACCGCCCCGCGGACACACGGACCCAGCCCUGGGACCGACACACGGACACCGACCCGGGACCGGGGCCGAUCCACGGACACAGGGACGCACGGACGCAGGACCGCCCCACGGACAUGGACUCACAUGGACCCGGGACUGCCCCACGGACACAGACACACGGACACAUGGACACAGAGCCAGGACUGACCCACAGACCCUGGGACUGACCUACGGAUACAGACACAGACCCAGGACUGACCUACGGACACAUGGAAACGGAGCCAGGACUGCCCCACAGACCCUGGGACUGCCCCAUGGACACACAGACACGGACCCAGGACUGACCCGCGGGGACACAGACACAGACCCAGGACUGCCCCAUGGACACACAGACACAGACUCAGGUCUGAUACACGGACACACAGACACAGGCCCAGGACUGAUACCUGGACACAUGGACACAGAGCCAGGACUGGCCCACAGACCUUGGGACUGCCCCACAGACACGGACCCAGGACUGAUAACAUGGACACACAAACACAGACCCAAGACUGACACACGAACACAGAGCCAGGACUGACCCACAGACCCUGGGACUGACCCAUGGACACACAGACACGGACACAGGACCGCUCCAUGGACACGGGCCCAUGGACAUGGACACGAGAAGGGACCUCCCUACGGACACAAACCCAGCCCUGGGACUGCCCCACGGACACGGAUACAGAGCCAGCCCCGUGACUGCCCCAUGGACACGAACACGAGACGAGACCGCCCCACAGCCACGAACCCAGCCCCACGGACACGAGAAGAAACCGCCCCAAGGAUGCAGCCCCAGUGCUGCCCUACAGACACGGAUCUGGACCCAGCCCUGAGACUGUCCCACGGACACAGACCCCACCCUGGGACCGCCUCAUGGACACCGACACCAACCCAGGCCUGGGAUUGCCCCACAGAGACAGACACCAGCAUGGACUCAGCCCUGGUCCCACCCCACAGACACACACCAAGCCCUGGGACCGCUCUGCAGACACAGACCCCAGCCCUGGGACUGCCCCAGGGACACAGAUCCCGAUACAGCCCCACAGACAUGGACCCAGCCCCACGGCUGCACUGUGCCCGCUGUCCAUGCCGGGGCAGUGGGUGCUGGCUGGGCCCCUCGGCAGCGCUGCGAGUCGCAGACUCUCCCCUUCCACAGGGCUUUAGGAGUUUGGGGGCAGUGAAGCGCCAGAGCGUGCGUGUUUCCUUUGGGCUGAUGCAGAGCGACAGCACUGUUAAACUUCUUGUCUAAACGACUGGGUAAAAAUAAUCCAGCAUCCUGUGUAAAUAGUUAGGGCCGGGCUGGGGGGUGAUUGGGCUCCAGCAGAGAGAGUAAGAGCAAUAAGAAUUGUUGUGGGGUGCCCUGACUUUCCCCGGAGCAGCUCGUGGACAAGAGGAGUGUGCUCACCCAGCCUGGGCUGCAUGGGGUCUGGAGGUCUUGCUCCGUCUCUCAACAACAGCUCUACCCUGCUAGUGAAAGACCAACCCACAACAACUCCUGAGCCAGGACAUGCUCCUCCAUUAAAUGCCAUUGAUUCCCAGGGCUGGAGUUAAGGGAAUUCCCACUCUGGAUGCUGUCAGGUUCGGUAUUACAUUCUAACAGUUCUUUAAAGCAUUGCAUGCAAGAUCUCGAUGAGAACUACAGCGUAUGUCUAUGCUUAUUUCCUUCAGCUCAGAGAAGGAGACAGCCGCUAAUUAACCUCGCUCAGAACCUCUCAUGCAGCAGUGGCAGAGGAUGGCAGAAACUGCAGGCAUCAUAAGAGAAAAAACAACUAUCUACUGCUGUGUCAUGGAAGCUAUUCUAGAAACGUAAUGGAUUUGCAAACUCUAUAUAUAUAGCGGCAUGCAUACCUUAGGUACAGAUAAGAUUCGACCUGAUAUCUUCUCUUUAAAGUGUGGUCUGUGUUUUUAUACAGACAAGUGAACACUUAGGGCUUUUCAAGCCUUGCGGUUUCCCUCUUUAUACUAUUUAUAAAGACUACUUUUUCAUAAGGCUUUUAAAUAAACGUAGCAUAGAAGAGACACCGUGAAUUUCGCUUUGCUAUGAUGGAAGCAGUAUGGAGAUGCAGUUUGUCCGUGGCGGGGGAUGCGAUCUUUCUAACAAGAGAGAAACUUUUUCUACAGGUGAAAUGCUCUGUCUGUACUGCAAGGACUGGUCUUGUGCCUGUUCAUCCUAACACACGCUUUGUACCACAUGCCUUGGCCCCCUUCAUCACGAUGUGGAGAUUUGAGUGAGAAAACAUGACUUACCAGCCUCCUAAGUGAUGCACCGACCCGCGCCAGAUAUCAUUCCACCACUGGCUUUAAUUUUUCUUUGUAUGUUUAUAAAAGCAGGGUUGUUUUUCCUGUACAGUGGCUUUUACGUGUAAAUUUUUAAAUUAUUCUGAUAUGGCAUUGCUUUUUUUUUUUUCUUUUGGCCUGUAAAACAACGCACGUAAAACAUGGUGUUACACACACACAGAUAAAUUCUUUUGCAAGGAAAAAUUGCUGGAAGUUAUCUCAAGCGAUUUCCAUUUAUUCUUACAGCACUUUUAAGUGUUUGAUAUUUCUGCAGCUGGCUUACCUGUAUUUCCUGGAAUUCCCCUGCAGCUUAGUGUUAGUUAAUGUGCAACAAUUCUGUAUCGAACGCAGUCAUUAACUGUAACGCAAUGGUUCCCUGUGUUACAGCCUGUUCCUAACUCUUUCUCUGAUGAAGACCAUCAUCCCUUUUUAAGAAGUCCACAAAGAAGAUAGGCUGGCGCACGCAAACAGCUGUACUGGAAAAACAAACUGCAACAGAGCAUUUUUUAUCUCAUCUGCUCCAUCAUCCCCUUAGGUCUUUCUGCUUGGUUUUGAUUUCUUUUCAUCCAUGUAUAAAAACUUGUUGAUAUGUUUAAUGGGACAGGACUUUAAUGCGUCUUUCCAUGGGGCACCGCAUGGUCCCUUACACUACACAGUGCUGUUAACAAUUGUGACAGAACCUUUUCCUUUUUUUUUUUUUUUUUUAAUAAAGGUGUUAGCAUCAAAGCAUUAAAGCUCGGAAAAACAGCAAAAACAAUCUGAGAUGCAUUAAAGGAAAGCCUCUGUGUAACUUCUUGCUUUCUCAGUAAUUGAAACUUACUUCAUAUGUUCUGGAUAUCUGUAAGCAGAAGGUUUAAGUCUGUAAUGCCAUUCCUUCUCUCUGCAGUCUGGUUAUUGUGUUUCCACAACAGCAAAAUUACUGUUAUUGCUGAGUUAUAGAAUAAAUACAGGAUAUCUCACCACUGACCACACUCUUUUCCUUCACAAUUACGGCAGUCCUGAACCAGGUCUGAUACGGAGCACAAGUUUCUUUUGUGUAACAGGCCGAACGGUGCGAGCGACGCUUAACCCUGGGUUCUCAGCCCAAAUCUUCCCCCUGCGCCCUGCAGACGCAUCCAGGCACGUGGGGUAUCACCACUUUUGAAGCUGGCUGUUACUGUAAGGCAAAGGCACGGGUUUAAGACCUCUGAUACUAUUACACAACGUAAGGUUUUCUUGUAGCUGUAUGCGGCC